UAACAGUUUAAAUCAAUCAGUCAUCCCCACCACAGCAGACAAAACACAGAAGGUGACCACUGACAAAAUAAAUAAAGUGCACAAAGCAAAAAAGCGCUCCUCUCCUAAAGAAAAUGGUAGCCAAACUGAGUCAGACCUCAGCAAGUCAAAGAAGCACAAGGUUACAAAUAACAAAGUCAGCACGAAGACUGUCAAGAAAAAAUAUCCCCUCAAAGAACAAGAGUCCACCUCAAAGAAGACCGCCAAGGCAAGAUCUGCUGUCCCACAAGUUGAAGCCAAAGCAGCAGCAGUUGUAGUAGAAAAUUCUGCUGAGGAGGAUGGAAAAGCAAAGGCAGAAAACAUGGACUCAACACAAAACAGCACUGGUAACACAGUGCCUGCUGCUACAGCAAACAUUUUAAAUGAAGCAACUGCACCACCCAACAGCUUAAAUGAGGGAGCCUCACCACCCACCACAUCAGGACAAAAAACACAGAAGGUAACAACAGAGGAAAAGAAAUCACACACCAUGAAAAAAGAGAGACAUAAAGAAAAGAAUGCUAAAACUGCUUCUUCAAACUCAGGCAAGGCAAAUAAGAAGCACAAAGAUAGUGAUAAAAAGGGGGACAAAAAGACAGUCAAGAAAAAACGGCCAUGCAGUGACCUGGGAAAAACAUCUGCCUUGAAAAAGACUGCCAAGUCAAAAUCCAUAGUCCAACAACAGGAUGAGACCAAAACAGCUGCAGCAUUAGCGAAGAGCACUCUUGAUGAGGAGGGAAAAGUUAAGGAAGAAGCCUCAGAUGCAACACUUGACAGCUCUGGUCCCUCCAUGCUUGCUGUUACCAGCAGCUUAAAUGCAAAGACUUCUCCAUCCACUGCCACUGAAGAGAAAACGCAGAAAGUAACAAAAAAAUCAAAGAAAUCUAAUGAUAUGAAAAAACCUGACCCCAAUAAAGCAAAUAAGAAGCGCAAGAAUAUUCAUAAAGAAGGUGACACAAAGAUAGUCAAGAAAAAAUGUAAAGAUAAGGGUGUUCCACCAGCAUCUAAGAAGCCUGCAAAAUCAAAAACUGAAGUCCAACCACCCACUGAGGCCAAAGCAGAGAUGGAGGAGGGAAAAACUUCAGCGGAAACACCACAAUCUGCAGUUAGCAGCUCUGGUAACUGUGUUAUAAUGAAUGGACAAGCGGCAAGUGAAGAUUUAAAAUCUACAAUGUGUAAGGACUCUCUUGCCAAAUAUAGUAAGAGGCCAUACAUGCGACUGCCACCUACAGCUUACCUUGAUGAGAAGUACAUCACCAUGCCAAAACGGAGGAAGGAGAUGUCACUUUUCCAGCCGUAUCAGAGAAGUCCCCCCGCUGGGCAGACUCCUGUUCCAGCAACUCUGCAGAGACAACGAUGUGCCAAUUGUUUUGCUACUUUUAACAGUGCUGAGGAUCUGCAGAGUCAUCUCCAGCUGCAGAAGUGCUCAAACCUCUUUGGGUUUGACUCUGACGACGAGGGCAACAGUUGAACAGGGCUAUUUAAGUCAAAAUGGAUUGUUGUCUGGGAUGCAUAAUAGAGUGACCUGUGGACCUGCAUGGAGCUCCUGGAUGGAUCAUACCUCAACAGAUGAUUGCUCUCUGAAUGACUCGUUCAUGAUUUUGGGCAAAGACUCAUGCAUCAGGAGUUAACCAAGGAGACCGGGAACUGAGAGGGUCUUCUGACUUUUGCUGCAGCAUGUGCCUGUAACACAAGGCCCGGGAGCGGCCGGGACACAUCAAAUAGCCAGUCGGUAAAAAGACUACUGAACUGAAUCCCAGUCAGACUGUUAGCAGAACAGCUAGUACUAAAGUGCCUGCUCUGGAACCGCUGUGUCGUUUCCAGCUGCUUCACCUGGUAUGGAGAUUGAGUAUUGUGGCUUAAAGACUGGACUCUUGAAAGCUGUGAAAAAAAAAAAAAACUGACGCUA